AUGAAAACCUUCAAGCGGCGUCGCGUGACGCGCGCCUGCGACUACUGCCACAGACGAUCUGUCCGCUGCCAGCAGCUUCCCGGCGGGAAAUGCCGAAACUGUCUUGACUUUGGACAGGACUGUCUGUAUGAGCGCCAGGUCAAGAAGCGCGGCGCCCCCGCCAGGGGCAAGGACGGCGAGGACAUGCUCGCGGGCGUCUCGUCCAACAACGGCCAUUGUCCGCUCAGCAAUGGCCCGUUGCGGAACGGCGACGCAUAUGGGUACGAUCAGAUUCCCCAUGGGAGGAUCGUGUCGCUGGUCGGGUUGUACUUUGAAAUUCCGUCCUUUCUCCGUCGCGUGCAGAACGGCGAGUACCACAGGGACAGGCUCUUCCACGCCGUGACGAUGGCUGUCUGCGCGCUCGUGUCAGGGAGAGUGACAUGUGGCGCAGUGACGAAUCCUCAAUGGGCGUCGCGGCAGCAGGACCUCACGGCGACACCGCCCUACCGCUUCUACCAGAAGGCCCAAGAAGAGGUCAAUCUCAACCCACAAGACACGAGUUUGAACUCUCUGCGGACGCAUGCCGUGCUCGCCAUUGCGGCAAUACAGUUUGGCAACACAAGCGACAUGCACUACCACAUGGGCAUGUACCACACGCUGGCCGCGAUGGGGAGGUGGCACAACGAGGACGAGUGGCCAGCAGCAAUAGGCAACAUUGGGCGAGAGGAGCGGAGACGCCUGUUCUGGUCCGUAUACACGCUCGACAUCUACACAUACAUUGUGUGGGGCGGCGUCAUACGAGUGAGGGAACAGCAGUGCCGCGUCCAGUAUCCGACCGAGGUGGACGAUGACUACAUUGACGACAAGUCGGUCUACAUCUCGCCAAGGCCCGUCUCGAAGCAGAAUUGGCUGCGUGGGUGGAACUUUACGACAGAUCUCUAUCGAAUCCUCGAGCAUGCCGUGGCACGGUUCAAAUCGGACGACGGUCGACGACCACCGUUCCGCGCGCGCGACAUUUUCCUCGAGAACGACCAGGAGAGGAACGCAGCCAUGGUGAAGAACGUGGAGAGCACAAUCUCACGCCAACUAGAGGAUCUCCCGCACUAUUUCCGGGACAUCCAGUGCGACAUUACGUACAAUCCGCGGGAGGACCUGUACGGGUUCCAGGCAGCCAACAUCAUCGCGACGACCGAACUCCUGCGCAUGGUCCUCUUCUCUGUCAACGAGGAGACCUCGACGCUAGACCAACGCUGCGCCAUUGCGAACAAGAUUAUCGACAAGUUCAAGAUCAUCCCCAAGGGCUUCCAGCUGGCCAUCAGCGCCCCCCUGCUGCACCACCUCGCGGGGAUAGGCGACGUCCUCGGCCGGUCGAGCCUGCAGCUGUCGAGAAAUACGGACUUUCAGGAGGGCAUUGCGCAGUACGCCAAUAAUCUCGAGAGCGUGCUCAAGGGCCGCCGGGUGACGGAGCGCCUCGAGGAGCAGGCUGCCGGUAUCGAGGAGCACAUCCGCGUCAUGCAGCGGCGACAGGAGCAGCAGCAGGCCACGAGCGCGGCGGCGACCAUCAGCACGUUCAAGCGACCACCUGUGUACGAUGAUGCGCAGGCGCAGCUGCAGCAGGAGGCUUUGUACCACCACCAACAGCAGCAACAGCAACAACAACACGAUCAUCAUCAACAGCAGCCGCCGCCCCAGAUGAUGCCGCAAAUGUCUUACAGUCCCAUGCCUCUGGAUGAGGCUGCGUACAUGGGGGUGCAGUGGGAGAAUUAUACGAGCUGGGACCCUCAGCUCUUCACGCAGAUCAUGCCGGGUUGGGGGCAGAUGCAGUACCCAGGCAGCAUGCAGUAUUAA